CCAACUGGAGGAUGCAUGUGGUAUAUUUCCGACCCCGCAGAAGGACGUUGGUGCUCAGACUUCCGCGGUGCCAUAUUUCCCGCACCCAACUUCCGCAAUCUGAAAUGUGUACGCUAGCAAACUUGAUCCGUUCAUGUAUAUCACAUAUCCAUGAUUUUUUGAGCCAAUCCUCAACUCAGGCUGUCUCUAUACAAUUACAUAACCAUGACGGUUAUUGUCAAAUCCUCCAUCCUGGCUGCCAAAAAGCUAAACUACACCAUGUUCGCCAGUGCUACCGCCAAUACCCUUACCCCAGUAGUGUUUAUCCAUGGGUUGGGCUCAUCCCAGAACUUUUACCAUCACAUUGCCUCCAAAUUGACCAGUGAGACCGGCCGAUCCUGCCUUUUAUUCGAUAAUGAAGGCGCAGCCAGGUCUCCAUUAACUGAGGCAAAAUUAGACGUCGCCGGCAUGGCCAGCAACGCCUUGGGUCUUCUCCGAGAGUUGGCUAUUGAGCAGUGUAUCUUGGUGGGUCACUCCAUGGGAGGUAUGCUUGUCAACUACCUCUUGGCCCACGAACCAGCCUUAUUCCGGGGUGCUGUCUUGGUCGGUCCUGUCCACCCAACCAAGACUGUUGGUGGUAUUUUUGGUGCCAGAAUCGCCUCUGUUCUCGAGGCCAAUUCCAUGUUCACCAUGGCCAACACCGUUCCAUUCAAGGCUUUGGGCAACCGUGCCACCAGUUUACACCGGUCGUUUGUUCGCGAAUUGCUCUUGGCGCAGCCUAUCGAGGGCUACGCUGCCAAUUGCAGGGUCAUCCAGCACGCCGGUGAAAAUUUGGAAGAGAAGUUUGUCGAGUGGUACAAGUGCAUCAAGCACCCAGUUUUGAUCCUUCAGGGUGAGCAGGACUUGAGUGCCCCAUGGGCCAACUGUGUUGAGAUUAUUGCCCAAAACGUUGAAAACGUGGCUGUCACCAAGAUGCCCCGUAUUGGCCAUUGGCAUUGUAUCGAAGCUUGUGACGAGGUCUACACCGCUAUUUCAGCCUUUGUUCAAAAGCUAUAGAACCUACUUUACCUAUAAGUCUAUCUCUUAUAGUAGAGGACUAACACACGCUGUGCUUUUCUAUUAUAUUGGAAAUUUGUGAAUAGUUUUACCUACGGAUACGCUCAAAUUUUGAUAUAUAAAAG